AUGCCUAGGGUAUCAUCAUCAUCAUCAUCAUCAUCAUCAUCAUCAUCAUCAUCAUCAUCAUCAUCAUCAUCAUCAUCAUCAUCAUCAUCAUCAUCAUCAUCAUCAUCAUCAUCAUCAUCAUCAUCAUCAUCAUCAUCAUCAUCAUCAUCAUCAUCAUCAUCAUCAUCAUCAUCAUCAUCAUCAUCAUCAUCAUCAUCAUCAUCAUCAUCAUCAUCAUCAUCAUCAUCAUCAUCAUCAUCAUCAUCAUCAUCAUCAUCAUCAUCAUCAUCAUCAUCAUCAUCAUCAUCAUCAUCAUCAUCAUCAUCAUCAUCAUCAUCAUCAUCAUCAUCAUCAUCAUCAUCAUCAUCAUCAUCAUCAUCAUCAUCAUCAUCAUCAUCAUCAUCAUCAUCAUCAUCAUCAUCAUCAUCAUCAUCAUCAUCAUCAUCAUCAUCAUCAUCAUCAUCAUCAUCAUCAUCAUCAUCAUCAUCAUCAUCAUCAUCAUCAUCAUCAUCAUCAUCAUCAUCAUCAUCAUCAUCAUCAUCAUCAUCAUCAUCAUCAUCAUCAUCAUCAUCAUCAUCAUCAUCAUCAUCAUCAUCAUCAUCAUCAUCAUCAUCAUCAUCAUCAUCAUCAUCAUCAUCAUCAUCAUCAUCAUCAUCAUCAUCAUCAUCAUCAUCAUCAUAG